UACCUACCCUACCUUUAAUGUUUAAAUAAAUGUGUAUUUUCUCAGAGCCACAGCAAAAGCAGAGGAACUUCUGGAUAUGAAUCGGAUGGCAAAGAACCACGGAGAGAGGAUUAUUCAGCCAGUGACAUUCCUGCGUCAGACCACGAUGGUUUUGAUGAGGAUAAUUUGGACAUGGAUGAGUUUGUGACGGUGGAUGAAGUCUGCGACGAUGAGACCCCGUCUUCCAGUCACCAAACUCAUGGCUCCUCCUCCUCCUCCUCCAGGACGUCUUCGAGAGCCAGGAGAGAGAGGCACAGCUCCGCCGACAGACACUCUUCAUCGCGGUAUUCAAAAGAUGGCAAAAGAUCUGCCAUUUCCUCCUCUUCGUCGUCCAGGUCGACGAGAGGCCCAAGCUCUUAUCGCUCCGAGUCACCGAAAAAGUCCAAAAAAUCCUCAUCAGAGCCCACUAAAUCCUCCGCCAGUUCCAGUAAGACCUCCCCUUCUUCCCCUGCUCAGAAAACACAACGGAGCAAAACUAAAUCUCCAUCCAAAGCAUCAGAAACCGCGUCCUCUGGCUCCCGUUCAUCUGCAGCAACUGUCGAGGCUUCAAAGGAGACUCAUUCGGAGAGAGAGGUGGUGAAAGACAAUCAGAACGCAGUGGCAACGUCCGACCACAAGGUGUCAGCAGAGGACGUUCCUGCAAAAACUGUCAAGUCAGAGACAGAAAUGGAAACAUCGUCAGAGAUGCGUCCACCUCUGCGGGAACAAGGGUUAGAGUCAAGCGGAGAGGUUGAGGAGGAUAAGAAAAGCAAGGAGGGAGAGAAAUACCAAAUCCUGGAUGAAACUGCUGAACAGAUGGAGGGUGGGGAACAAGAUGGUGGAUCUGAAGCCAAACCGACUGACCCCGAGGGAGAGAAGGAGCAGAGCGUUCAGGUUCUGGACACAUUUGGAGAUGAAGGCAAAGCACAGGAAAUGGAAGUGACCGAAGACCAAACGGCAACUUGUGAACAGGAAAGCUCCACCGUAGACAAACCGAGCGAGGACGACAAAUCUAUUAAAGAUCAAGAAGCUAAUAAUGUAAAUACAGGAAGCGAAGAAGCUUCUGUGCAAAUGGGAGAAGAGAUGAAGGGCAAAGAAGUCCACACCCUUCCUGACAAAGAUCUUGAAAGCGGAGACUUUGGAUUAGACACCUUUGAGAUUUUAGACUCUAUAGGCGAUCAGACGGCGACAGGAGACCUGGAAACCCCCGGUGAUCAGAUGCCUAAAGAAGAAAUGGAGUCCGUGGAGGAGGAGGAGGAGGAAGCGACGUAUCGGGUGAUUGACUCUCUUGAAGAUCAGCCGACGGACAACACGGGGAGAGGGGAGGCGAGCAAAAACGAUAAAGCAUCGACGAAGAGCAUUCCCUCAACCAGAGUGUCCAGAAGUGAAGCUUCGGACAAAGACGCCACCGCGGAGGACGUUGUGUAUCAGAUAAUCGAUUCGGUUGAAGAUAAACCAGUUCAAGAUGUCGCCGCCGGCACAGAACAAUCUGGUAGAAGACGGAGUGCAAGAGGAAAGAAGGAGGCGGAAGUGUCUGAGGAGACUACGUACGAUAUCAUAGACUCCGUGGAGGAUGCCAUCGAUGAACCGACUGCAACUCGAUCGACCAGAGGAACGAGAGGACGAUCGGCUAAGAGAGACACGCCAGCACGGAGGAGGAACCCUAGCACACCACCGAAAAAGAGUGACGUGGCUGUGGGAGAGGAUGCGACCUUAGCAGAAGCGAAGGACGAGGUUGCUAAGGACGAACCGCCCGCUACAAAACCAAAAGGAAAACGAGGAAGACCAAAGAAAAUGACGAAGAAAGAGGCGGCAGCGAUGAAGAAAGCCGAGAAAGAGGCAGCCGCCGAAGAAACGACGACGACGUACCAGAUCCUCGAUUCUGUGGAGGACGAGACGAUAGACGAGACGUGUGAAAACAACGAGAAACAAACGGCGUCCAUCGCUCCUAAAGACGAGGAGGAGGAAGAGGAGGAGCCUAUGUAUCAGAUCGUGGAUUCUCUGGAAGAAACGUCUGAAAAAGUGGAGGAGAAUCCAACGACUGAAUCCCAGGGUGACGCGGCUACAUUUGAAAAGACUAACGAAGAAGACCCCCCGGAGAAAGACAUAACGGGUCUGGACGAGGUGAGCGAUGAGGAGGAGGAUUACCCCGACGACCACGCCGAGGAGGAAGAGCUGAGGAGGCGACAUGUGGCCGCCAAAGAGAGGCAGAUCUCAAAGGAGAAGGAGGAGAGGAGGAGCAAGGAGAGAGAGGAGAGGAGGAGCAAGGAGAGAGAG